GUUUUAAAUUGAAGAGAAAAUGUCACUUUACGAUGACUUGGGAGUUGAGACCAGCGAUUCUAAAACAGAAGGCUGGUCCAAAAAUUUCAAACUACUGCAGUCUCAGUUGCAGGUGAAGAAAGCAGCUCUCACACAAGCAAAGAGUCAGAGAACAAAACAAACAACAGUCCUUGCUCCAGUAAUUGACCUGAAACGAGGUAGCUCUUCUGAUGAGAGACAGAUUGUGGACACACCACCUCAUGUAGCAGCUGGGUUAAAGGAUCCCGUACCUAGUGGUUUUUCUGCAGGAGAUGUGUUGAUUCCUUUGGCAGAUGAGUAUGAUCCCAUGUUCCCAAAUGACUAUGAAAAAGUGGUAAAACGUCAAAGAGAGGAACGACAGAGGCAACGUGAGCUGGAGAGGCAAAAGGAGAUUGAAGAAAGAGAAAAAAGACGUAAAGACAGACAUGAAGCCAGUGGCUUUUCAAGAAGACCAGAUCCAGAUUCUGACGAAGAUGAAGAUUAUGAAAGAGAGAGACGAAAAAGAAGUAUGGGAGGAGCUGCCAUUGCACCACCCACUUCUCUUGUUGAGAAGGACAAAGAACCUGUAGCAUCAUUUCCAUUUGAAGAGGAGUCGAGACCUCGGGCACCAUCUUCCAAAGCAGCUAUUCCUCCUCCAGUGUAUGAUGAGCCAGAAAGACCUCGUUCCCCCACGGGACCUAGCAACUCUUUCCUUGCUAACAUGGGAGGGACAGUAGCUCAUAAAAUCAUGCAGAAGUAUGGUUUCAGAGAGGGCCAGGGGCUGGGAAAACAUGAACAGGGGCUGAGCACAGCACUGUCAGUGGAGAAAACAAGCAAGAGGGGUGGCAAGAUCAUUGUUGGCGAUUCUGCAGAGAAAGCAGAAACCGGCAAGAAAGCGGAUUCUAACCCCUUGACUGAGAUACUGAAAUGCCCAACUAAAGUGGUCUUACUGAGGAACAUGGUAGGUGCUGGGGAGGUGGAUGAAGAUCUAGAAGUUGAAACUAAGGAAGAAUGCGAAAAAUAUGGCAAGGUUGGGAAAUGUGUCAUCUUUGAGAUUCCUGGUGCCCCUGAUGAUGAAGCUGUAAGAAUAUUUUUAGAGUUUGAACGGGUUGAAUCUGCCAUCAAAGCUGUUGUGGAUCUAAAUGGAAGAUACUUUGGAGGCAGAGUCGUGAAGGCUUGUUUCUACAACCUGGACAAGUUCAGAGUACUGGAUCUGGCAGAGCAAGUUUGAUUUUAAAAAUCUAGCUCGAGGUGUCACUGUUUUGGCAAUCAUGUUUUCAGCGGUAGGCUGGGAAUAAAGAAGAGAAAAGUAGCUUUCCUAGCAAACUGGAAACAAGCCUCAUUGAAUGGAUUUUUCGCAUUCGUUGUGACUUACAUUUUUUGUAAUAUAAAGCCCUUUGAAAGUAAGAUUCACGUCUGUGUGUUUUUGAAUUGCACAAUUCUGCUUGUUGCUCUGGGGAUCCUGUUUUUUUGAGCUUUCAGAUGACUUUGUUCUUUUGAAAACCCACUGCUGAGGAGAUGCUUUGUCUGUAUUCCUGCUUUCCUUGUUCUGGUGCUUCAUCAUGGAGUCCCUGUGCUGCAUCCACAAUAAGUGGGAAGCUUUGGAAAAGGACUAUGUGCUAUCAUGCUUCUCUUCCCUGAUGGUAUCUCUCAGAGUUACAGCCUUGUUCUCGUAAGUCCUCCGUCUGCACGCCAGAGUGAUUUGGGGUCGUUGGACAGUUGGCAGCUAGUUUGUUCUCUCCUGACUCCAGGACAGUACUUUCUACACCAGAAUGGAGAUGAAAGUAACAAGGAGUGAGUCUGUCUUUCUUCCCAAAUCCAAAGAAAAUACACGUUUAACCCAGGGAAAUGUAAGGAAGAAGGAGUUUAAAAUGCUUAGCCAUUUGAAUCAGAAUGAGUGGACUG